CGCAGAUUAUUUGUUUUUAUUUAUUAGGUUUAGUAAAAUACUAAAUCUUCACUAAAAAUAAUUUUCUUUAUUUUUUUAUGUUUCAAUAUUAGUUUUUUGUAUUCUUUUUUUAUUAAUUUCCGCCCCAUAGUUAAUUGUGUUUUUUUUUUGUUUCCCCCUUUUUUAAAAUUAUUAAAAUACAAUUUCCUGUUAGUUUUUUUUCUGUAAAAUUAUUUCCUGAGAAAUAUUUUAACCGGGCCAAAUACCAUCACUUGUUAACUUGCUUCGGCGCUGACACGACCAUGGCGUUCGCCACUGGGAGCAGCACCUGCUCCACCUACUCAUCAUAUUCCCUUCCACUCCCAUCCAAUGGUCGAAUACCUCGUGAGCAUGAUGCGGCGGCGAUCUCUCCUACUCUUCCUCCUCGUCUCCUCCGCCCCUUUCUGCUUCGCCGGUGACGCCGACCUCUACCCGAAGUUGCCGUGCGAGGCCCCGGUCUACAACUCCUUCGCCUUCUGUGAUACCUCCCUCCCCAUCGCCAACCGCGCCCGCGCCCUAGUUUCCCUCCUCACCCUCCAGGAGAAGAUCCAGCAGCUCUCCAACACCGCCGCUGCAGUCCCCCGCCUCGGCCUCCCGGCCUUCGAGUGGUGGUCCGAGUCCCUCCACGGGAUCGCCUCCAACGGCCCAGGCGUCGCCUUCUAUGGCUCCGUCCGCGCCGCCACCGAGUUCCCCCAGGUCAUCCUCUCCGCCGCGGCCUAUAACCGGACGCUUUGGGGUGCCAUGGCCCGCGCCAUCGCUGUGGAGGCCCGGGCCAUGUACAACGUCGGCCAGGCCGGCCUCACCUACUGGGCUCCCAACAUCAACAUCUUCCGUGAUCCGCGGUGGGGUCGCGGACAGGAAACCCCCGGCGAGGACCCACUGCUGGCGGCCGAGUUCGCCGUCGAGUACGUGAAGGGGCUCCAAGGGGAGUAUGACACUGGUGACGCAGAUGGUAGCUCGUUGAUGCUCUCGGCUUGCUGCAAGCACUACACUGCCUAUGAUUUGGACAGAUGGGACAAUUACACUCGCUACAUAUUCAAUGCUCAGGUUAACGAACAGGACAUGGAAGACACAUACCAGCCGCCAUUUGAAAGUUGUGUAAAAGAAGGCCAUGCAAGUUGUCUCAUGUGUGCCUACAAUCAGGUCAAUGGUGUGCCUGCUUGUGCUCGGGCUGAUCUCUUAGACAAAGCACGUAAAGAAUGGGGAUUCAAGGGGUAUGUUACAUCUGACUGUGAUGCUGUUGGAAUAAUUUACGAGGAUCAAAAGUAUACUUCUUCUCCUGAAGAUUCAAUUGCUGAUGUUCUUAAAGCAGGGAUGGACAUAAACUGUGGAACAUAUCUUCCUCGGCACACCGAGUCUGCAAUAAGGUCAGGGAAGGCCCAAGAAGAAGACAUUGAUAGGGCUCUACUUAAUCUCUUCUCUGUCCAGCUUAGGCUAGGGAUAUUUGAUGGCAAAGGUGCAAAAAAACAAUACGGACAUCUUGGACCUGAUAAUCUUUGCACCAAGGAACACAGGGAUCUAGCUCUUGAAGCAGUAAGACAAGGAAUUGUCCUUCUGAAGAAUGCUAAAGAUUUUCUACCACUAAGAAAGCAUGAGGUGAAUUCUGUUGCAAUAAUAGGUCCUGGUGGUACUGAUACAACUGUAUAUGGUGGUGAUUACACAGGCAUACCGUGCAAUCCAACAAGCAUCUUGGAAGGGAUCAGGUCUUAUGUACCAAGAGCCACAUUUGCUGCCGGUUGCAUUGAUGUGCCCUGUCAAACAAUGGAUGGAUUCGAUGAAGCUUUUGCUAUUGCAAAGGAUGCUGAAAUUGUUGUUGUGGUAGCUGGACUGAACCUAACAGAAGAAACAGAAGAUCUUGAUCGCUACAGCCUUCUGCUUCCUGGCAAACAGAUGGAACUCAUCAGGGCAAUUGGCAAUAUCAGUAAGAAACCAUUGAUAUUAGUCCUAACUGGUGGAGGACCUAUCGAUGUUUCGUUUGCAAAAGAAGAUCCAUUGGUUUCUAGUAUUCUCUGGCUUGGAUACCCAGGUGAAGUCGGCGGGCAAGCACUUGCAGAGGUUCUAUUUGGUGAUGUCAAUCCAGGUGGCAGACUACCUGUGAUGUGGUAUCCAGAAUCCUUCACUCGCAUCCCUAUGACUGAUAUGAACAUGAGAGCUGAUCCUUCAAGAGACUACCCUGGGCGAACAUAUCGAUUCUACACUGGAAAGCAAGUUUACGACUUCGGAUAUGGUUUGAGUUAUUCAAAAUACUCAUACAAGUUUCUAUAUGUGCCUGAAAAGAUUACAGUGUCACAAUCAUCUGCUAAGGAUCACAUAAAGUCAAAGCCACCACACAUUGUUGCAACUAAGGUGGUCUCAACUUGUGAAGAUGUGAAAUUUCAUGUGAAGAUAUCGGUCUUUAAUAAUGGCCAUAUGGAAGGAAGUCAUACUGUUCUAUUGUUUUAUCGGCCCAAAACAAGCAUCAGAGGAGCCCCACGCAAACAAUUAAUUGGAUUUGAGCGGGCACGUAUAAGAGCUAACGAAGCUGCUGAAGUGGAUAUUCUAGUUGAUCCUUGCAAACAUUUUAGCUUUGCAGAUGUACAGGGUCAACGCAUUCUACCACUGGGAACUCAUGUUUUGAUGCUGGAAGAUCUGGAGCGUGAAUUGGUGAUCGAAACGGAAGAGUUUUCAGUGCAAAACAAGAAGAUUGAGGAUAAGGUUGAUGAGAAGCAGUUAAAGAAAUCUCAUGAAGAGCUUUGAGUUCAUUAGCUACUGUUAGAUUCGAUAAUGUUUCAGACAAAGCUGUGUAGUUGACACUGCAUCAGUUGGGAUCUACAAACUGUUAUGUAGAUUAGCCAGCAGGGGCAGUUUCUUUGUACUGUUAAUUAGUUAAUGUAUCCCUAACAUUGUCUCUUAGUCGUCGAGGUACUUAAUGCUUUGCAGAAUGCUGAGUUGAAUAAUAGAUUGCAAA